AACAACAACAAACGGACCGACACGUGGAUCUGCUCUGGAUGGAAGCCUCUCACGUAUUUUCAGGAUGUAGUGAGCCCAGACUAUUCCCCAAGAUGAUACUUGGCUCAGAAUUAUUUAAGUCAUGACUUGUUUGGUGAGAGAAAGCUGAAAUUCAAACAUAUGAAAUAGAGUUGCGAUUGUAGGAUAAAAGUACAGAACACAUUCAAGAUGACUGACCCCAAGGUUUUAUCGCUGUUUAAUGAGUUCAACAAGAAAUAUUUUUGGGGAAAACUGGACAAAGUGAGGGUCACAUGGAGCCCAAGGAUGACCCUAUGUGCUGGCAAAACAGCUUAUAAAGUGCGAGGCCGCUCCUUUUCCUCAUGUACAAUUCGUCUCAGUCAGCCUCUUCUUACUCAAAGGCCACACUCUGAUACAGUGAACACACUCUUACAUGAAAUGAUCCAUGCUUAUCUUCAUGUCACACAAGGCCUUAACUAUAGAGACAGUCAUGGACCAGAGUUCAGAAAACAUAUGAAAAGGAUCAAUGCUCUUCAUGGCUCAAAAAUAACUAUUUACCAUAACUUUCACCGUGAAGUCAACAAGUUCCGCAUCCAUGUCUAUCGCUGUGAUGGCCCUUGUGUUUCAAGACGUCCCUUUUUUGGAGUCUUGAGGAGAGCCAUUGAACGUCCUCCAGGACCCACAGAUAGGUGGUGGCAACGUCAUGCUCAAGAGUGUGGAGGAACAUUCCACAAGAUUGAAGGUCCAGGUGCCAAACCUAUGCCAACCUCUCAGAAAUUGGGUAACAGGCUGAAUAAAGAGAAAGUGCCUCAGAAUCAGUCUGCAGGGUCAUUUGGUAGCAAAAAAUUGGCAAAUUUCAAUCAAGGUAGAAUAAUGAAUAGUAAAGGAAAUAUGGAUAAGCACAAAAUAAGUCCAGGUUCUUCAAGUGCUAAAACAAAAGCUUUUGAUGAGGAAUCAGUGCUGCAAAGGAUUAGAGAAAAAUAUUCAAAUGCACGACAAACUAAACUUUUGUCCAUGGAUGAAAGACCAGAUAUGACUUUAGGUGCAAAUUGUAAAUUUGUGGAAGGCCGUAUGAAUUAUAAUUAUCAGGCAAAAUCACCAACAAAAAUAAAAGUUGAUAAGUACAUAAGGAGGUUCCGACAAGCAAAGAACUUGUUUAGUGCUGAUGACUCAGAGUCAGGCAGUAGUUCAAGAAAAUCAGUGGCUCACAGCCCUAAUAAUACACAGAGAUCACAUAAUAUUCCAAGCUUAUCCAUAUGUCCCAUAUGUAGUGAAAGAAUACCAGAUGCUAUGUAUGAGCAGCAUUUAAAUCAGUGCUUUGGUGAAGACAUGAAUUUUGAUUCAGAGUUUAAUGACGAGGAAAGUAUUGGAAGUAAAGCUGAAGCAUCUGUAGAGCAAAGUAAAGAAGAUGUGUGGGAGGCUCUUUCUGACACUAAGACUUGUCACAAUUGUGGGUCAGUUGUCUUAGCCGCUGAGAUGAAAUUGCACCUCCAGUACUGCAUUGAUUCAGAUGAUGAUGACGAUGAGAGCUUUGACGACAGAAACAAGAAAUUCCACGAAAGUAAAGACCUUGAAGACAAACCAGGUCCUGGGAUUGUGUCCUGCCCUUCUUGCAUGGAGAGAGUCCGGGAAGAGCAGAUUCAGGAGCACCUCGAUCAGUGUUUGACCUUCUUGGUGGAAGAAUUUUAACGCAAGCUUGUUCUCUCUUGAUGUAGUCCAAUUUUCUUUGACCAUUUAGUGUUGAAAUUUAGUGGCAGUGUCAUUAGUCUGCUGUAUAUCAGUGUUAUUCUAAUAUGCUGUUAUUAGUGCAUUAUUACAUUAUAAGGAUGCAACAUAUGUAUGAUAAUCUUCCUGUAAAGAUGAUAUGAGUAUGUUAUUGUUAGGAAUGUGGGAUUUCCCUCUGGGGAAUCAUGUGUUGUUUAAUUUUCUGUAAAAAUUAUAAAAUUUCUAUAUUUAUGUAAUCAAGAUUUUGUAUAAAUACCAUUAAAAAAAUAUACAUAUGCUUUAGAA